CUCCCCAGCCUCCCAGCCUGUGACCAUCAUAGCUAGCUCAGCCUGCCACUCUCACAAGGACGAUCGCCUGCCCUAACGCCUGGUCACACUGCCCCACAAGGACUGUGCUAUGAACAUGGCGUUUCCCGGGUGCCUCUUGCUCCCAGCAGGGCACCCCCUUGGCAGGAGCUCGGCUGCCUGCACGGGAGCUGGGAACACAAAGAUCCCCAUCCUCCUGGCCUGGCUUUGGGCUUCCAUGACAGGACUCCCCAUGGCAGACUCAGGCAUCCCAGAACUAACUCAGCUCCGACUGGUGAAUGGCCCGAGUCGCUGCGCUGGGAGAGUCGAGGUGCUUCACAACCAGCAGUGGGGAACCGUGUGUGAUGACAGCUGGGAUUUAACUGAGGCCAGAGUCGUGUGCAGGCAGCUGGGCUGUGGGACGGCAUUAUCAGCCACACGUGAGUCUCGGUUUGGACAGGGAACUGACCAUAUCUGGCUGCAUGAGGUAAACUGCACAGGGACAGAAACCGCCCUCUCCGAAUGCAGAGCUAGGCCUUGGGGAGAGCAUAAGUGUAAUCACGUAGAAGAUGCUGGUGUUGUGUGCUCAGACUCAAACAUUCCCGACCAAGGUCCUCUCCAGCUGGUGAACGGCCCGAAUCGCUGCGCUGGGAGGGUCGAGGUGCUUCAAAACCAUCAGUGGGGAACCGUGUGUGAUGAUGGCUGGGACUUAACUGAUGCUGGAGUCGUGUGCAGGCAGCUGGGCUGUGGGACGGCGUUAUUAGCCCAAGGGGGGGCUCACUUCGGAAGAGGUUCUGACACCAUCUGGAUGGAUGAUGUUAACUGCACAGGGACAGAAGCUGCCCUCACCGAAUGCAGGGCUCGGCCUUGGGGAAAAAAUAACUGUCACCAUGGAGAAGAUGCCGGUGUUGUGUGCUCAGACUCAGGCAUUUCAGCAGUGGCUCAACUCCGACUUGUGAAUGGCCCAAGUCGCUGCGCUGGGAGAGUCGAGGUGCUUCACAACCAGCAAUGGGGAACCGUGUGUGAUGACAGCUGGGAUUUAACUGAGGCCAGAGUCGUCUGCAGGCAGCUGGGCUGUGGAACGGCGUUAUCAGCCCCACAUGGGUCUCGGUUUGGACAGGGAACUGACCGUAUCUGGCUGCAUGAGGUAAACUGCACAGGGACAGAAGCUGCCCUCUCCGAAUGCAGAGCUAGGCCUUGGGGAGAGCAUAAAUGUAACCACGUAGAAGAUGCUGGUGUUGUGUGCUCAGACUCCAACAUUCCAGAGCCAGGUCCUCUCCAGCUGGUGAACGGCCCCAAUCGCUGUGCUGGGAGGGUCGAGGUGCUUCACAACCAUCAGUGGGGAACCGUGUGUGAUGAUGGCUGGGACUUAACUGAUGCUGGAGUCGUGUGCAGGCAGCUGGGCUGUGGGACGGCGUUAUCAGCCCUAGCGGGGGCUCACUUUGGAAGAGGAUCUGACACUAUCUGGCUGGAUGACAUUAACUGCACAGGGACAGAAGCUGCCCUUGCCGAUUGCAGGGCUCGGCCUUGGGGAAACAAUAACUGUCACCAUGGAGAAGAUGCCGGUGUUGUUUGCUCAGACUCAGCCCUUCCACAUCUGGCUCAAGUGCGAUUGCUGAACAGCCCAAGUCGCUGCGCUGGGAGAGUCGAGGUGAUUCGUAACCAGCUGUGGGGAACCGUGUGUGAUGACGGCUGGGACUUACAGGAUGCUGGAGUUGUGUGCAGGCAGCUGGGCUGUGGGACGGCGUUAUCAGCCCCAGGAGGGGCUCGAUUUGGACAAGGAUCUGGGCCAAUUUUGCUGGAUGAGAUUAACUGCACAGGGACCGAAGCUGCCCUCUCCGAAUGCAGGGCUAAGCCUUGGGGGGAUCAUAAUUGUCACCACAGAGAAGAUGCCGGUGUUGUGUGCUCAGGCUCAGGCAUCUCACAAGUGGCUCAGCUCCGACUGGUGAACGGCCCGAGUCGCUGCGCUGGGAGAGUUGAGGUGCUUCACAACCAGCAGUGGGGAACCGUGUGUGAUGACAGCUGGGACAUAAUUGAUGCUGGAAUCGUGUGCAGGCAGCUGGGCUGUGGGACGGCGUUAUCAGCCCCAGGAGCGGGUCGAUUUGGGCGAGGAUCAGACCGUAUCUGGCUGGACGAUGUUCAGUGCAAAGGGACAGAAAUUGGCCUUUCCGAAUGCAGGGCUCGGCCUUGGGGAGACAAUAACUGUCACCACGGAGAAGAUGCCAGUGUUAUUUGCACAGACACCGACAUCUCUGAAGUGACUCAGCUGCGACUGGUGAACGGUUCGAGUCGCUGCGCUGGGAGAGUCGAGGUGUUUCAUAACAAGAAGUGGGGAACUGUGUGCAAUGACAGCUGGGACCUACAGGAUGCUGGAGUCGUGUGUAGGCAGCUGGGCUGUGGGACGGCGUUAUCAACCCCCACUGGAGCUCACUUUGGGCAAGGAUCUGACCAUAUCUGGCUGGGUAAUGUCAACUGCACAGGGACAGAAGCUGCCCUCUCCCAGUGCAGGGCUAGGCCCUGGGGAGACAGUAACUGCACCCAUGAAGAAGAUGCCGGUGUCGAGUGCUCAGACUCAGGCAUUUCAGAGCAGAAUUUGCUCCGUCUGGCGAAUGGCCCGAGUCGCUGCGCUGGGAGAGUCGAGGUGCUUCACAACCAGCAGUGGGGAACCGUGUGUGAUGACAGCUGGGACAUAACUGAUGCUGGAGUUGUGUGCAGGCAGCUGGGCUGUGGGACGGCAUCAUCAGCCCCAGGAGGGGCUCGAUUUGGGCGAGGAUCUGACCCCAUCUGGCUGGAUGACGUCAACUGCACAGGGACAGAAGCUGCCCUCGCCGAAUGCAGGGCUCGGCCUUGGGGAGAUAGUAACUGUCACCAUGGAGAAGAUGCCGGUGUUGUGUGCUCAGACUCAGGCAUUUCAGAGCAGACUCAGCUCCGACUGGUGAACGGCCCGAAUCGCUGCGCUGGGAGAGUCGAGGUGCUUCACCGCCAGCUGUGGGGAACCGUGUGUGAUGACAGCUGGGAUUUAGCUGAGGCCAGAGUCGUGUGCAGGCAGCUGGGCUGUGGGAUGGCGUUAUCAGCCCCAGGAGGGGCUCGAUUUGGACGAGGCACUGAUCCCAUCUGGCUGGAUAACCUUCACUGCACAGGGGCAGAAGCUGCCCUCUCCGACUGCAGGGCUCGGCCUUGGGGAAUCCAUAACUGUAACCACGGAGAAGAUGCCGGUGUUGUGUGCUCAGACUCAUCCGUUCCAGAGAGGGCUUCAGUCCGACUGGUUGAUGGUUCAAGUCGCUGUGCUGGGAGAGUCGAGGUGUUUCACAACCAGCAGUGGGGAACCGUGUGUGAUGACAGCUGGGACAUAACAGAUGCUGGAGUUGUGUGCAGGGAGCUGGGCUGUGGGAUGGCGUUAUCAGUCCUAGCGGGGGCUCACUUUGGGCAAGAAUCUGACCCCAUCUGGCUGGAUGAUGUUCAGUGCACAGGGACAGAAGCUGCCCUCGCCGAAUGCAGGGCUCGGCCGUGGGGAGACAAUAACUGUCACCAUGAAGAAGAUGCCAGUGUUGUGUGCUCAGAUCAGGGCCAGCUGAGCCUGCGGCUGACGAAUGGCUCAAACUCCUGCUCUGGGCAAGUGGAGGUGCUGAUUAACAACACCUGGAGUGCCGUGUGUGACGCUGGCUGGGGCCUGCCGGAGGCAGGGGUGGUGUGCAAGCAGCUGGGCUGCGGCCCGGCGCUGUCAGCCCCGGGGGCUGCUCAGUUCGGCCACGGGGCCGGCGACGUCUGGCUGGAGGGCGUGAGCUGCUUGGGACAGGAAUCCCUCAUCAGCGAGUGCCAGCUGAGCCGGCUGGGUCCUGGGCAGUGUGGCCAUGGCUCCGAGGCCAGCGUGGUGUGUGCCGGGCAGGCCGGCUCUGGGCUGCUCUUGUCCCUGCUCCUCGGCCUGGGGGCUGUCGUGGUGCUGAUCUUCGUGGCCCUGCUCUGCUGGAGGAUGCGGCGGGACGGAGCCGCAGGGAACCCCCGGGGCCAUGUGCACCUGAAGGAGCUGAGGGCUCCAGGGACCCCACCCUGGUCCCAGGGAGAGGCAAAUCCAGAGCCCUCCGAGGAGCCCAACAGUGAGAUGACCUGGCUGGUGAGGGAAGACGUGGUGCUGUGAAAGCCGCGUGCCAGCCGGGCUGGGCUGGGCUCAGCCUGCAGUGAGAGACGGGCCGGUGGGAUCCUGCUCAGAGCAGCCCCAGAGCUGCCAGCUGCCUGGACUGUGGGGAUGCUGAUGGGGCUCAUCUGGGGGCUGGGGGUCUCCACUCCCCCUGUAGGGCCCCUGUCACCAUUGUCCCCCCAGCUGACUUGGAAAACUCCCCUGCUCCGCCCCACCCCCAGCUUUCCCUGGUAUCACUCCCAGCAGCUCCCACGCCCAUCCCUGAGCAGCCUGUGCCCAGCCAUGCAGACAGCAUGUGGUGCGCCCGGCAGAACCAUUGUCAGGUGCACAGAGAAAGCCGGCUCCUUCCCAACGAAGCAACCAUCCCAACAUUUACAUGAGCUAUGGGGAGAGACUGACUAUGGGUGUCUGCCUGUGCCCGAUGUGCCAGGCCCUGGUAAAGCCUGGUGUUCUCAUAUGUAUGUGCCCAGUACAGCCUGAUCUCGAGGCACCAGGCCCCGUCUGUCUGUCUGUGCCCAAUACGCCCUGAGCUCAGAGCACCAGGCCCCGUCUGUCUGUCUGUGCCCAAUAAACCCUGAGCUUGGGGGGCCAGGCCCUGUCUGUCUGUCUGUGCCCAAUGAACCCUGAGCUUGGGGCACCAGGACCCGUCUCCUCUCUCUAUGCCCAAUGCACCCUGAACUCAGGCCACCAGGCCCCGUCUGUCUGUGCAGCAGCCAGCCCGGGCCCCCAGUAAAUGAUCAUUACAGCUUCUAGAGUGUAGAUAAGGUGCAGAACUACGUGCAGCUGCAUGAUGGUGCCUUGCUUAAUGGAAAGGGAUGGGCCGGAUUACAGAUACAGAUACAAAGAGUUUGUCUCUAACCUUCCCUCCCCCACCCCAUCCUUGUGCUGUAUAAAUACCCUGUGGUAAUAUUACACAGCUAGAUACGGAGACAGCAGCUGCGUCCAGACAUGAGCCCUGUUGCACAUUUCCCAGAAGAAGAUGUUGUGGAACAAUCACAUUAUUCCCCCUUUUCUUUGCAUUAGUAGCAUAUUGGCAGCUGAAACCUUUCUGAUUUCUUGUAAUUCCCAAAAGCUUCCACAAGGUGUCAAUGGCUCCUCUCUCCUCAAAGUGCCCCACUCUCACCCCCUCUGCAGUAGGGUGACCAUAUGUCCUGUUUUGGCAGGGACAGUCCCUUUUUCAGCUCUGUUCAGGCCGUCCCUACUUUUUUUCAGUAAAACUAGACAUUUGCCCUGAUUUGUGAAGGCAGCGCUGCCUUCAGAGCUGUCCCCCCGGGCAGCAGUCCCCGAUCUCCGCUGGACACUACAGGCAGUUCUUAUGUCUGGGUCAACCUAGGACAGCUGUUCACUGCUUGCAUUACAGGAUAGUGAGGAGUAUACUUAGAGGAUUGUACCUCAGAGAUGUAUAAUCCCUUCCCGAGCAGCCUGGUGUUCUGGUAAAAUGAGUGUGCUGCACACAUUACAGCGGGGCAUUCCUCCCUGAGCUCAGUGAAUGCAGUCGUGACUGGUAGGACGCACAGAGAGUAGGGUGACAGAGUGGAGAGCAGAGAGAUGUGGCUGCUGCCAGGGGGAUCAGCUCUGAAGUCAGUGAUGCCCACCAGCAGCAGCAGAGAAGGUUGCUGCUGUCAGACAGUGCUAAUUUCAGAACUGACCCCAAGGAAGCAGCCCCGCUUGCUGGCCGCAGGGCAGAGCAGAGAAGUAAGGGUGACAUGGUAUUGCCACCCUCACUUCUGCGCUGCCUCAGAGUCUGAGCUUCCCUGACUGUAAGGCUCAGAAUAAAAUGGUUUGACCAACUUAACCGGAGGCUGCAUAGAAGCACUAAAUUAAUGUUCCCGUCAGCUCAGUGCGAGGUCAGCAACGAGAAAGUAGAAACUGAUGGGCACAGAUCAUGGCUAAAUGGAUUGUCAGCAUCAGCAGGGUUGAAGGAUGCCGCACGCAGGUAAUCCGAUGCGGGUUAGUGGCAGUGCUCUGAUUUGUAAAUGCUGGGUUUUUUUCUGGUUAGUUGAGUUGCAGCUGCAGGCUGAAAGCAGCAUGAUGGUCUCUUCCCAGCUCCAAGGUUUGCCUUGCUUGGGAGCCUGAGUGUUGAGACAGUGUGAAAUAGGCAGGGUUUUUAAUUGCAUGUUUUGUUUUAGCUAAGAGUCUCCCUGAGCCAAACAGGCUGCCUGCCGUAGAGGCAGAGGGCCGUGCCCAGAUGCUGGGCUGGGCCAGUGUUCCGAGAAAGCCUUGUGAAGGAACACUUGCAAAUCAGUUCUUCCCUGGUGUUUCAGUAUCAGAUUUACCAGGCCAUAGAGAUCUCUAGUGUAAACCCUUCAACUUGGAGAUUAACUUGGCUCAUAGCAAGAAAUUGGUUCAGCAAAACAGAGACUGUUAGGAGCAGGGUCCCAGCUGGAGGCAGACUGACAUCAUGUAUCCAAAACAUCCCUACAAGGAGCACACACAGUUCAUUGACACACAUGUUCUCCUUUGGCAAGGGCUGGUUGUGUUACAAGU